AAAUGGGUGCGGAGGAUGUCGUUGAACAACGACCCUUCAUCGAAGCCUCGUCUUCCUCUUCCAGUGUGAUUCAAGAGCCUCCUCGUAGAACAGGGAACGUGGGGAGCGCAGUGGCACACAUAAUAACAGGGGUGAUAGGAGCAGGAGUUCUGUCAUUGGCUUGGAGCAUUGCGCAGCUUGGUUGGAUUGUGGGCCCUCUCAGCAUCUUUCUGCUUGCGGGCACCACCCUUGUUUCCACCUUCCUCCUCUCCGACGCCUACCGCUUCCCUCAUCCUCACGGCCCCGUCCGCAACCCUACCUUCAUGCAUGCCGUCAAGCACUACUUAGGAAAUAAAAGGACAUGGGUGGCUGGUUCCCUUCAAUUUCUGACCUUGUAUGGGACUUGUGUUGCUUACGUAAUUACCACAGCAACAUGUAUGAGGGCAAUUCUAAAAUCAAACUGUUAUCACAAGGAAGGGCACAACGCUCCUUGCAAUUAUGGGGAUACCUUGUUUAUGGUUUUGUUUGGAUGCAUUCAGAUUAUCAUGUCAUUCAUACCAGAUCUCCACAACAUGGCGUGGGUUUCAGUUGUGGCUGCAAUAAUGUCCUUCACGUACUCAUUCAUUGGACUAGGACUUGGCAUUGCUCAAACUAUAGAAAAUGGGAGAAUCAUGGGGAGCGUAACAGGAGUACCUGCAAAGAAUGUAGUUGAGAAGUUAUGGUUAAUCUUUCAAGCACUUGGUGACAUAGCCUUCGCCUAUCCAUACUCGGUCAUUCUGCUCGAGAUACAGGAUACCUUAGAGUCUCCUCCUCCAGAAAACCAGACCAUGAAGAAAGCAUCCAUGGUUGCAAUCUUCAUUACAACAUUCUUCUACCUCUGUUGUGGAUGCUUUGGAUAUGCAGCAUUUGGAAACAACACACCAGGAAAUCUCUUGACAGGCUUUGGCUUCUAUGAGCCUUACUGGCUCAUUGACUUAGCUAAUGUUUGCAUUAUUCUUCAUUUGAUUGGAGGGUAUCAGAUUUUCAGCCAACCCAUAUACAGUUCUGCAGAAGGAUGGGCUUCAAGAAAAUUCCCAAACAGCGGGUUUGUGAAUAACUUCUACAAGCUGAAACUGCCUCUGUUGCCAAGUUUCCAGAUAAAUACCUUCAAGUUUGUGUUUAGAACAGUGUAUGUGAUUACAACCACAGGGCUUGGAAUCCUGUUUCCUUACUUCAACCAAGUUCUGGGAGUGUUAGGGGCGAUGAGCUUUUGGCCAUUGGCUAUAUAUUUCCCAGUGGAGAUGUACUUUGUACAGAAGAAAAUUGAAGCUUGGAGCAGAAAAUGGAUUGUGCUCAGAUGUUUUAGCUUCGUUUGCUUUCUUGUUACUGUGGUAGGUCUUAUUGGGUCUCUGGAAGGAAUCAUAAGCCAGAAACUUGGCUGAAGAAGAUUUAUCAUUAUGCUUUAGAUACACAUUGAGGUAAAGUAUUGUAAGUGUUUGUUACCAAGUUUUACAAUAAAAAAACAUUACACGUGUAAUGUUUAUAAGAAAACUGGUAGCGAACAUAAAAAAUAGGAGCAACUCCCAGAAUGAGAAAGAAGGAAGAAUAUGGUUUAGUCUGGAGGCUAGAUUUCUUGUGAAGGGUGAAAAUUGCAGAAUAAUUUUAGUUCUGCUACAGAACCUUGUAAUGUGGUUUGGCUUUUGCUUCUUAAUAGGAAGAUAUAUAAAAAGGAAGAGCAAAUUGUCAAAUUGAUGAGUAUUAUUUUGUGCAAUGUUUUUGACGUCA